GGAAUUUAUUCUUGGUCCCCUUCGUAUACUUUAUGCUCUUUAUAUCAAUGUUACAUCCACACACCAUUAUCCACACAUUUCUGAUUUGUAUAAAAUUUGUGAAUUCAAAGCUAAUCUUCACCUUCGUAAGCUAAGAAAAUGGCUCAAGUAAUCGCCAAGAACCAUGUCGUUGAGAAGUACGGACCAUACCGUAAUAAAGAGGCAGUACAAAACUUUUCCUUAAGACUCAAAGGACGUGAACAUAUAAUUGAAGUAAUAAUAAGACAUGGAUUCAUGGUGGAUGCAAUUGGAUUCACCGUUGAUGAUUCAUGUGGAGGUACCAAAACUACCAUAUUUGGCGGCGAUGGCGGAAAUGAAUCCAAGAUUGUACUCAGGUGUGGUGAAUUCAUAACCGGAAUCAGCGGACAGUCCGGAGAAUAUUCAUUCACUUGUAACAACCGUCUAAUUUCCAAACUAAAGAUACAUACUAAUAUGAAUCCGUGUGGAUAUGGGCCAUAUGGAACUGGACAAGGUACCAAAAACGUUUGCGACUUUUCAUCUCCAAUGCCAUUAGACGGCCGAGUCAUUGGAUUCUUUGGAAAUGCUCAAGGCUACCUUGUUUCCGUUGGAAUCUAUGCUGAAAAGGUGUGUAAUAAUUAAUGGUAGUGCCCUGCCUUUUGGACAUGGCAUCGGUGGACUUGUACGUGGUUAUGGUCUAUUGUUUGAUCAACAUGGAGCAAUAUUGUUGUCUUUAUGUUUGUCUCUUAGGUUUGUUUUGUGUUUAUAAGCCACAUAAAUUGUGCUACAGUGGAAGUAUAUGAUAAUGUAUGGUAACUCCUAAUGUUUAUAAGCCACAUGAUGAAUUUCUUCAUCUUACAAGAAAAAUUAUGAUCAUUUAAUGUAAAUGUAUAUAAUGGUUUUUUUUUUUGCCGAACGGCUUAUAAUGUAAUGUGUUGUAGUCUACGUUUGACUCUUUA